GAAAUCAUUGCUUAAACACUAUAUCCACAGAAUGACAGAUGCCAGAUCUCCUCAAGAUCCUUUUCCACCAUGGGAUGAUCGCUUUAAUGAUUGUGUAUGCUACUGUAGCUAGCUGACAGCCAACACAAUAUUGUAGCAAACUCCAGUAAUCAGAAAGAUGUCAUUGAAGUACUUAACUAAUUAGCAUACUAAAAAAUGAACGUUAACAUUUUUGGGUAUGCGACACAUACUCCAUAAACUUAGGAAUACUCAUGUUUAAGCCUUGCUGCAUUGUCUUCUACAUUAAUGAUAAGAACCUUUUUUCAUUGUGUCUUUUCAGAACAAGCCAACAAUGAAAUUAUUUAAGUUGAUGGCGAGCAUAAAGAUGGCUUCAUCCAGGAUUUGUUCGCUCUACACAACUAAGAGCAAAAUGAGCUGGAGCGAGAAGCUCCUUCUGCUUAUCUGCUGCCUGAUCACCAGUUUCAUUUUGGCAAUUUUAUUCCUGCUUAGUCUACGCUUCCCCUUAAAGUUUGGCAUCGAAGUCUCAGUUGCUACCACUGCAGUGUUUUGGCUUUGUGUUACGCUAGCUAUGUGGUUUUCUCCAAAUGUUCGCUGUUUUGGAACUCUGAUCCUGAUGUCCAUUACCUUGAAACAAGGCAAGAAACAGCUCCUUACAGCUGGAACAACAGUAGUGAUCAUCUUGAACAUACAGAACACUCUGAUGAACCUUAAGGGACUUGGAAAGAGCUUAGUCUGCAAUUUGGAAGCAAAGCUUAUUGUCAUUGACCUGGCUCCACUCAGCACCUAUAUAAAGUUGCUAAAAUGGGUGGCUUCUAAGCUUAAAAAUGGCCUGAGCUUUUUAGGGCUUGGGGAUUUUCAGACCGACUUCAAAAUUAAGCCUAUUGUGCAUUCAGGAGAGUUCACAAAGAAACUUUCCGAAGCCCAUAGGACCAUGAAUAUGACUGCUGCGAGCGUGAUGGGAGUCAUUGACGGAAUUUCAUCUGUAGGACGGCAAAUAUCUCCAGUUUUAGGAGUCGUGAUACUCGUCGUUGCUACGGCUCUCUACUUGAGGAAGUUUCGAUUCAGCGAAAAGCAGAAAAAUGUGUUUAUUACAAAAACAUUCUUGAAGUAUGAUGAAGUUCAGCGAUUACAGGGAAAGCCGUCAGUUCUCCCACUGACUAAAAAGGAGUCAAAACGCUACAUUAUUGUUCCCUCGGCGCAUUUAACCAAAAAAGAUGUGAAAACCAUGCUUAAAUUCAGCAUGUCGAUUGUAUCCCAUAGUAUGGCCUGGGUCUUCUUUGUAGGACUUGAUGCUCUUGUUUACUGGAUUAUUGCUGUCUUGAGCAAGAGAUUAGAAGAGCUGAAGCCACUCCAUGUUCCUGUUUUACUGAAAGUGGAGGAAGGAACUUUCUUUAUCGGCAUCAAUGUUGAACGUGGGCGAAAAGUCUUUGACUUUUCCUACGACGUUCCCAUUUUUGAAAAGAAAUGUUUGCCAGAACCAGAACUAUGGCUCUACAAAUCAGUCCUCCCUCUUUCUGUUAUCCUCGGCUUGUUGCUUCUUCUGGUCCUGGUGUCUUCAAAGCUCAGUCAGUUGAGGCUCAUUGUGUCUGAGCAGUUCUACUCAGAGGAUGCAGCGAGGCGGACUGCUGAGUUGCAUGCCAAGAUACUGAAAAAAAGAUCUAAAUGGACGGCCAAGGAUUUGAAAAGAACCCUAAAAUCAUUUGCCACACAGCUCCACUUUUGGUUUCCCAUCAUUUUCCGUUAUCCAAACAACAACAACAACGAUGAGAAUAAAAUAUAGGGUUUGUUUACAGUGGUAUACAUUUUGCAUGCAUCCGUUACACAUUAUUAGAAAAAUAGGUUAAAUCUGGAAUCAUCUCUCUGGGAGUUUAAAUGUAUAAAGGCUGCAUGUUGAACUGUACAAAAAAAUACAUUUACAUAUCCUAAGAAGACCAAUAGAACUAUUAUAGGAGCCUUAUGUUUUAUUUUACUACAUAAUGUAGAUACUUGAGGUUUCUCAUUUCUAUUGUAGUGUUCUUUUUCUCAUUUAUAUCACAAGCAGAUUUCAGAUGCUUGGAUAGUAUUUAUGACUGUAUCUGUUGGUUAUUAGAUGUUUCAUACAUAUAGUGCGCAAGUUCUCUUUAGUUAUAAACACUGCAUAAGCUACAAACAUAAAUGUAAAAAUUACAUUUUAAUUACAUUUUAAAAAUUAUUUUUUUUCACUUCUGUAUACUGGUUAUUUGACUAUAAUUCUAUAUUAAUAUAUUUAUAUAACAUACACAUGCUGUUAAUAUUUAACAAUUGCUGGAGGUUUAGGAUAUAUAAUCAUCUUACUGUGUAUACAUUUUAUUUAUAUUUAUGCACCAAUAAAAAGAGUCCACGGAU